AUGGUCCUUCUUCCGAGCGGCAGCUUCAGCAAGGGGCAGUGGCCCUCAAUAUUGAGCCACCCAGACAUCAGCGAUGAGAAACUUCAUGAGCUCUGGGAAGCAGUCCUCCACGAGAUUUCCAUUACAGGGGUUGGCAAAGUAACCCACCUUGCUGUGAACGAAGGCAUCCCUCCGCAAAAAGACUCACAAACGGAAGGCGCGUCUGAAGAUGACGGCGAAAACGUACUCAGAUCUCCAAGCGGACUGAAGAUCCUCCACGGAGACUUUGGUCUCUCUGUCCAGACACCAAGUCCGUCGACAGAGGACUUUAACGCAGCCUUCUGGGUGUCUACCAAACAGAACGGCAUAUACCAGACAUGGGCUCCUCGGUAUACAAUGUUCAGCCGCGGCAACAUCAAAGAGAAAGCCCGCCUGCUCGAUUUCCAUAGGAACGUCAACGAACAGCCCCAGCGCACAUUGUCAAAGCCCGCUCACAACUUCUGGGGUGUUGAUCUAUACGCAGGCAUCGGGUACUUCACUUUCUCGUACGCGAAGCUCGGCAUGAAGGUCCUCUGCUGGGAGCUCAACCCAUGGAGCGUCGAAGCUCUGCGCCGCGGCGCGAUAGCCAACGGCUGGAUUGUUAAAGUGAUACAAGGGGCAGAUCUUCAACUACCCGCCCAACAGCUCCUGGCAGGGGACGAGCAGAUUAUCGUCUUUCUCCAGGACAAUCAGCAAGCCGCCCGCAGGAUUCAGGAGAUGCGCUCGUCAGAGAGAUGGGUCUCUACGCUCAGAAACAUCCUCCACAUCAACGGCGGCUUGCUCCCUACCAGCGAAGCCAUCUGGCAAGCCGCCUGGGACAUGCUGCCAAAAGAGGAAUGCCGCUGCUGGGCCCAUCUCCACGAGAACGUCGGCGUAAACGACAUUGAAACCCGCCGCGCCGAGAUCCAGCGCCUCUACGACAGCUUCGCGGCGGCGGACCCAGAAGACAGACGAACGGCGGCAGUUGAGCAUGUGGAAUUAGUCAAGACGUACGCGCCCGAUGUAUGGCACUGCGUCUUUGAUGUGUACAUUACAAGCCCGGACUCCCGGCUUGAUAGGUAG